GUCGCUGACCUGCAGCUGUUUACGAGGGCUAAAGGCAUUGAUGGAGUUCAUAGAUGGUGCCUGAAGGUUUCCUCGAUGGCGAGCUUGAUCCAGAGGAAGCCAAGCUCUCCUUGGAGGAGCUGCAGCUGGAAUCUGAGAUUCGGGCCCUGGAGAUGGAGAUGGCGAUCCUUGACAUGAAGCGACAGAUCGAGGUGCAGGAGGAACACCUGCAGAACUGGGAGCAGAUGUUGGCCAAGAACAAGGCUGGACGGCAGCAGUGCCAAAAGCUGAAGGAGGCCCAGCAGGAACUCUUUCAACUGCGAGAAAAAUGUGCUGCCAUCGAGGCGCAAAGGCCACCAAGACCACCAAGGCCACCUGAGCCACCUGAGCUAGAGGAAAAGUCUUCCAAAGAGGACGCAAGUGAGGGAGUUGCGAAGCCGCCGGUGCAGCGCAAAGUCUCGGUGCCCAAGGAGGUUGCAACAGUCUCUCGUACUCGCGCAGGAGACGCCUCCGCAGAGUGUUCUCAGACAGGCAAAGACAGUGGCACGCGUGCGUCAAAAGGACCACGUGGUGCAAAAGCCGGAAAGGCGGCUUCUGCCGCUGCUGCUACUGUUGUGGCAGGAGGACGAAACCGUGGCGGUUACAAUGGUGCACGAAAUGGCUACAAUGGUGGUUCGAGGUUUGUGCCCUCACACACCUAGCUGUUCCUCGCCUAGUGCAGAAGGUCGUCACAGAACUGAGAUACUUUGCCUGCGACUUUCAGAUUUUGCAGCCCGAAAUGCGGGCAGUCCCAAGCCGUUGCCGUGAGGUCUUCGAAAUGGAAGUUGUUUUGUGAGACGGCGAAACAGAAGCCGUUGGAGCCGUUGGAGCCGUUGCGGAAAGAAAAUGCGAAGCGAGAUGGUUUUGAUUCGGUGCUGAAAUUCCUGUG